UUUUUCCUCCCGCUUUUUGCUUGCUGCCUUUCCACCUCCGCUCAUGUAAUGCACUCCUUGAAUCAAGAAAUCAAAGCAUUCUCCCGGAAUAAUCUCAGGAAGCAGUGCACCAGGGUGACCACGGUAACUGGAAAGAAAAUCAUAGAAACCUGGAAAGACGCCACAGUUCAUAUUGUGGAAGCAGAGCCCGGCGGCGGGGGUGGUUGUGGCUAUGUGCAGGACCUUAGCUUGGACCUGCAAGUUGGCGUUGUUAAGCCCUGGUUGCUUCUGGGGUCACAGGAUGCUGCUCAUGAUCUGGAACUCCUGAGAAAGCACCAGGUGACUCAUAUCCUCAAUGUUGCAUAUGGCGUUGAAAAUGCUUUCCUCAGUGAAUUUACAUAUAAGACCAUUUCUAUAUUGGAUGUGCCUGAAACCAAUAUCCUGUCUUAUUUUCCAGAAUGUUUUGAGUUCAUUGAGCAAGCAAAACUGAAGGAUGGCGUGGUUCUCGUUCACUGUAACGCAGGGGUUUCCAGGGCUGCUGCGGUUGUCAUCGGCUUCCUUAUGAGCUCUGAAGGUCUCGCGUUCAGCAGUGCUUUGUCGUUGGUGAAAGAUGCAAGACCGUCUGUAUGUCCGAAUCCUGGCUUCAUGGAACAGCUCCGCACCUACCAAGUGGGCAAAGAGAGCAAAGGAUGUGACCAGGUGCCGGCAGGGGCCAGGGGCCAUGGUCCGUGA